GGGAAAUAUGCAUGAUUGAUUUCAGUUCCAAUGUAAACAUCACGAUUACAUCUAAAAUACAUCAAUAUGGCCGACGAAAACGACGUCGAAGACUAUGGCAGUGAUGAUGAAGUUGAAAUGACUGCUGCCGAUGUCCUUCAAAAAUUGGAAGAGGCAUGGUUGAAUGAAAAGUUUGCUCCUGAUCUCUUGGAAACUAAGGUGGAAUUAGUUGAAUGUAUGUUGGAACAAAUUCAACAAAUGGAAGAAAAUUUAAAACGAUGUAAAAAGGGUGAUUUUAGAAUAAUCAUUCACAGAAUGGAAAUUGAUAGGAUAAGAUAUAUUAUUAGUAGUUAUCUUAGGAUAAGACUUUGUAAGAUAGAGCAAUUUGUACAUCACAUUUUAGAAGCCGAACUUCGACGUGGUGACGAAGAAACUUCUCGCCUGUCUAACGAUGAAUUCAAAUUUGCUAAAGACUUCACUGAAAAUUUAGAAACACACCUAAAAAAUGUGACAUUGCGACAUAUGCCACGAAAUCUUCAAAGUAUAGACAAAGACAAAACAGCUCCAAGGCCAAAUAUGAACAGUUAUAUAUUUUUUAAAGUCAACGAAAGUCAGCAAGGAGUUCUUGUUGAAGAAGAAACAGAUGAACAUGAAAACGAAGUAGUGAAUCUAGAAAAAGACGCUCAGCAUAUCAUGCGGUAUAAACCGGUUUCCACCCUGCUACUUAAUGGAGCGGUUUCGUUGAUAUAAUUAAAUGCAGGUAUACUCAUAGGUAGCUUGAAUUUGUCAUUAGUUUGUUGGAAAUAGUGGAUUUGUUUUACACAGGAAGGGAAAACAAUCCAAGAUUUGAAGUUUUCAAGGACGUGAGAAUGCUCGUGAUGAUAAUGGAAAUCAUUUUAUUUUUGCUGAUGUUAAUUUAAUUAAGGGCAUUCAAUAAUGACAAAGAGGUCAUUAUUUUGAAAGUUAUGCUAAAAUAAAAGUAACACUUGUUGAAAUUAAAUACUGUAAAAUACUUUAUUUUCGCUUGGAAUUAAUUUUAACUGAAGGAAUAAUUCAGUGAAAAUAGAAUUCCAGCGAAUAUACCUUUUU